UGAGAAAAACCCUUGUUAUGGAGCACCUCAAUACGUUUAUUAUAUUCUUCUGUUGCAUUUGUGUGGUGCUGUGUGAGACGGAAUUCAAGUGCAAGAAGAAUGAGGACUGCGGUGCAGACGAAUGCUGUGUUGUCAGUCCGCCUUUUACAACCUCUUACUGCAAAAAAUUAAUGAAAAAGGGCGGAUUCUGCUUUGAAAACCAGGAAGAAUACAAAUUGGAAGACAAAUACAAGUACAUGUGCCCUUGCGAAGAAGGGUUAAAAUGUGAAACAAAGCCUGUUACUGGACCCUUUGGAGUGGUUAUCUACAGAAAAUCCAGAUGUGCCUAAUCCGAAAGAAGAGUUUCUGCAAUAGUCAAACGAAAUGAAAAGUUAUCUUCGUUAGAUGAGGCAAUACUCAUUCCAGACGAACUUCUUCAGUCGACAUGGAAAGCCUUAUUUGUGGAGCAUUAUAUUAGUUGCAUUAACUGUAUUUCAAGAAGACAUAAUAAACAAAACUUUU